AUGCAAAUCAAUUUUGAAGAGUUUGAGGCAUUAGAAAAUUAUCCAACAAAAGGAAUUUUACAAUUUUAUGUUUUGGUAGAUGAUUCAGGGGAGUAUGGAAUUAAUUUUGAAGAUAUAACAAAACAAGAAAAGUUUAGAGUUGUUUAUUUUGAAACAAUUGAAAAAGAUGAAUCUAAAUUACAAGAAGCACCAACCAUCGAAUGUGAUGAGGAAAAUGAACUAAUAAACAAACCUUGUUUAUUAAUUCCAGAACAUGGAGAAAUGGGAAUUUCACCUAGUUGUUAUCAAUUUAAUCAAAUUGUUGAGAAAUAUGCAAUGAAAUAUGAAAUAGAUGAAGCAGAAAAAAGUGAUUUGAAUAAUUAUCUCUAUGACUUCUUAAAUGUUAAAGAAGAUAUUCAUAUUGGUGGAUAUUCUGCAUUUACACAAGACGAUCCUCGAGAAACAAGUGACCAAGAUCUUACUGAAACUCUUCUUCAAAUUGGAACUAUUCCUGGAGGACCAAAUGAUUUAGAAUAUAUAAUGUGGGGAGAUUCUGGUACUGCUAAUUUCCUUAUUAGUUUAGAAGAUCUUAAAGCAUGCAACUUUACUCGGGUUGGCUAUAUUUGGGAUUGUUAA